AUGGCAGUUGCUCAUUUUGUUCUGAUUCAUACCAUUUGCCAUGGUGCAUGGAUCUGGUAUAAGCUCAAACCAGUUCUUGAGGCAGCUGGCCACAAGGUCACUGCACUGGAUCUUGCUGCCAGCGGUGUUGACCCAAGGCAAAUUGAGCAGAUUAAUUCAUUUGAUGAGUAUUCUGAACCCUUAUUGACGUUCAUGGAGUCACUCCCACAAGGAGAAAAAGUGAUUCUGGUUGGUGAGAGUUGUGGAGGACUCAAUAUUGGGACUAAAAAGUAAUUUUCCCGUAUUGCUAUUGCUGCUGAUCAAUUCCGUGAAAAGAUUGCUGCUGGUGUCUUCCUAAAUUCACUACUUCCAGACACUAAAAAUAAGCCAUCUUAUGUCGUGGAUAAGCUCAUGGACGUAUUUCCAUAUUGGAAAGACACCGAAUAUUUUGAGUUUUCUAAUAGCAAUGGUGAAACCAUAACUGGAAUGGUACUAGGCUUAAACCUAACGAGGGAGAAUUUGUAUACUAUAUGCCCUCCUGAGGAUUAUGAGCUUGCAAAGAUGUUGACAAGGAGAGGAUCAUUGUUUCAAAAUAUUUUAGCCCAAAGAGAAAAAUUUACUGAAAAAGAUUAUGGAUCAAUGAAAAAAAUUUAUGUAUGGACCGAAGAAGACAAAAUAUUUUUACCAGAAUUUCAAAACUGGCAAAUGAAUAACUAUAAACCGGACAUGGUUUAUAGGGUAAUCGGUGGAGAUCAUAAGCUUCAGCUUACAAAGACUAAUGAGAUUGCUCAAAUUCUCCAACAAGUUGCUGAUAUUUAUGCGUGA